GCAGGAGAAAGUUACGUGUGGUUACAUGCAGCCUCUGCGCCACAUUGAGAUGUUGGGUUUCUCCCCGAGUUUGUUUCCUUCCAGCAGAGGAUUUGGAUCCGGGACUUUUUGAAGAUGACCUUCGCCAUGCUGCGGCCUGUGGCGACACACUUGAUCUACUCUGACUUCACGAUCACCUCCGAGGAUGAAGAAAACCGCAGCGAGAGCGACGGCAGCUCGGAGCAAAGUUACUGUGGCUCCACCGAGAAACGGAGAAGGAUUUCGCGCACGCUGGGUGGAGAGCCGCCGGUGGUCGUGCAGCAGAGGAGCGCAGCUAACGCCAGAGAGAGAGGCAGGACGCAGAGUGUCAACACUGCGUUCACGGCUCUCCGGACUCUCAUACCCACAGAGCCGGUGGACAGAAAGCUCUCCAAGAUAGAAACUCUGCGACUGGCAUCCAGCUACAUUUCCCAUCUGGCCAACGUGCUUCUCCUCGAAGACGGCGGCGCUGAUGGACAGCCGUGCCUCGGCGUGGCUCAUGCGCAAGGAGAGAACGGGGCGCAGCAGCCGCGGACCAUCUGCACCUUCUGUUUGAGCAACCAGAGGAAAGGGAUAAAAGAUGGCAGAGACUGUUUAAAGAUGAGAGGGCUGGGUCCGCUGCGGAUGAGACGCUGACUGAAGACCAGAGAACGAUUAGCAACAUGAAAAUCCUCAAAGACUUUCUCAGGGAAGAGUCAAAGCUGGUGUUACAUAGCACACACACACACACACACACACACACACACACACACACACACACACACACGCUGGAUCAAAUGAUGAAACUGAAGAAGAGACUAUUUAUAUUUCUAGAUGCAGUGCAUUUGUUUGAAACUUAUGAGUUUUUGUCCUUUUUUUCUUCAAAAGUUUUAAAUAAAAUAUAUUUUAUCAAA